CAGUGAGGCCCGGGAGCCCUUCGAGCAGGGACGCGCCGGCGGACUUGGCGAUGCACGCCCUCACCGGCUUCUCUCUGGUCAGCCUGCUCAGCUUCGGCUACCUGUCCUGGGACUGGGCCAAGCCGAGCCUCGUGGCUGACGGGCCCGGGGAGGCGGGCGAGCAGCCCUCGGCCGCUCCACCGCAACCUCCCCAUAUCAUCUUCAUUCUCACCGACGACCAGGGUUAUCACGACGUGGGUUACCAUGGCUCAGAUAUUGAGACCCCUACACUGGACCGGCUGGCAGCCGAGGGCGUCAAGUUGGAGAAUUAUUACAUCCAGCCUAUCUGCACACCUUCUCGGAGUCAGCUUCUCACUGGCAGGUACCAGAUCCACACAGGUCUCCAGCACUCCAUCAUCCGCCCUCGCCAGCCCAACUGUCUACCCCUGGACCAGGUGACACUGCCACAAAAGCUGCAGGAGGCAGGUUACUCCACUCACAUGGUGGGCAAAUGGCACCUGGGCUUUUACCGAAAGGAGUGCCUGCCCACCCGGCGGGGCUUUGACACCUUCCUGGGCUCGCUCACAGGCAACGUGGACUACUAUACCUAUGACAACUGUGAUGGCCCCGGGGUGUGUGGCUUCGACCUGCACGAGGGUGAAAGCGUGGCCUGGGGACUCAGUGGCCAGUACUCCACCAUGCUCUAUGCCCAGCGCGCCAGCCACAUCCUGGCCAGCCACAACCCCCGGCGGCCCCUCUUCCUCUACGUGGCCUUCCAGGCAGUGCACACGCCGCUGCAGUCUCCUCGCGAGUACCUGUACCGCUACCGCAGCAUGGGCAACGUGGCCCGGCGGAAGUACGCAGCCAUGGUGACCUGCAUGGAUGAGGCUGUGCGCAACAUCACUUGGGCCCUCAAGCGCUAUGGCUUCUACAACAACAGUGUCAUCAUCUUCUCCAGCGAUAAUGGUGGCCAGACUUUCUCGGGUGGCAGCAACUGGCCACUCCGAGGACGCAAGGGCACUUACUGGGAAGGUGGUGUGCGAGGCUUGGGCUUUGUCCACAGCCCCCUGCUCAAGCGAAAACGCCGGACCAGCCGGGCACUGGUGCAUAUCACCGACUGGUACCCAACUCUGGUGGGUCUGGCUGGUGGCACUGCAUCGGCAGCUGAUGGCCUAGAUGGCUAUGAUGUGUGGCCAGCCAUCAGCGAAGGCCGGGCUUCGCCACGCACAGAGAUCCUGCACAACAUUGAUCCGCUCUACAACCACGCCCGGCACGGCUCCCUGGAGGGUGGGUUUGGUAUUUGGAACACCGCUGUGCAGGCCGCCAUCCGUGUGGGUGAGUGGAAGCUGCUGACGGGAGACCCCGGCUAUGGUGACUGGAUCCCUCCACAGACACUGGCUGCCUUCCCAGAUAGCUGGUGGAACCUGGAGCGCAUGGCCAGCGUCCGCCAGGCUGUGUGGCUCUUCAACAUCAGCGCCGACCCUUACGAACGAGAGGACCUAGCUGGCCAGCGGCCUGAUGUGGUCCGCACCCUGCUGGCUCGCCUGGCCGACUAUAACCGCACCGCCAUUCCUGUGCGCUACCCGGCUGAGAAUCCUCGGGCUCAUCCUGACUUUAAUGGGGGUGCUUGGGGGCCCUGGGCCAGUGAUGAGGAAGAAGAGGGAGAAGAGGAGGAGGAAGGCAGGUCUCGAAGCUUCUCCCGGGGUCGCCGCAAGAAAAAGUGCAAGAUUUGCAAGCUUCGAUCUUUCUUCCGUAAACUCAACACCAGACUGAUGUCCCACCGGAUCUGACGGGUGGGGGUGGCAGGGAUCUUCAUUGCCCUGAAUAGACUUACCCCCUUCAGUCUGGCCCUACUCAUUCUCAGGGAGAAGCCUGAGGUCAAGCCUAUAUGUGAAGGGUA